ACGCCAGCCGGAAUGCCCUGACCGACCCCUACGUCCUGCUGGUGAUCCUGCUGGCCCUGGUGGUCGACACCCUGCCCUCACUCACCGCCCACGCCGUCAGCGCCAUCCUGGGCAGAGCCACCACCCCGCAGAGGAUCCACAUGAAGGCCAGGAGGGACCCGGAGCCGCCGGUGGAGCUGCGCUCGCACAUCCCCCGCGGGUCCUUCCGCCGCCGCUCCAGCUACGCCUUCUCCCACCAGGAGGGAUACGCGGGGCUCAUCACCCGCGGGGACAGCCUGCGCUCCAGGGACAUCCGAGGGGACAGCUUGAGCUCCAGGGACAUCCCCGAGGACAGCCUGCGCUCCAGGGCCAUUCCUGGGAACGGCUCCAGAGCCACCCUCGGGGACAGCCUGAGCUCCAGAGCCACCCCCGGGGACAGUCUGAGCUCCAGAGCCACCCCCGGGGACAGUCUGAGCUUCAGGGCCACCCUCGGCGACAGUCUGAGCUCCAGGGCCACCUCCAGCACCGCCCCGGGCUCUGCGCACCCCGAGGGGACCCCGGCCGUGCCCUCCCAGCGCUGCCCCUCGCUGUAGCUGUCCCUGCAGGCAGACGCCUGGCUGCUCCCCUCCUUUCGGGGUCCYCUUUCCUUUUAUUCGCUGUUUUUGCAGCCCCCGCGGCUGCAGAGGGGCUGGGCCGGGGGUGAUGCUGYUGGGCYGUGUCCCGSAGUGGCUCCGUG